UAUUCAAUGGAAGCAUCUGGUUUCAUCUCAACAACACUGCAAAAAAAAAGAUGGCGGAUUGCUUUCUGCUACCGUGUUUUAAUAAGCCUUCCUUCAUGGUGAAUUGGUGAUGCGUUUAUGGAGAUGUUGACAUAAACCUAACCAUCGAAUAUAAACUUGUCCGGCACUGUUUGUUUUUUAUGAGCUUUGAUGAUAAUGGGAGUUCUUCCAUGUCAGUUUUAUUGCCACAGAGACGAUGAAUCUCAACGUGGCUCGAACCAUCUUCAUUCGGAACCAUCGUCGGCCUCUUCCCUCUCUUCUCAACUGAGUCUACUGUCAGUUCCUUCUCUUGCUUCGGCGUCUCAGCGACACGAUGAAGAGAUCACCCGAGCUAUUCACCAUAAGUGCAUAGCCACCUUUAAGAAUCAUUCAUAUGUAUUCACUCUCGCUCUCAUGGGGAACGUCCUUUACGGUGGCUCUUCGAACGGUGAGAUUCGAGCGUGGAGGCUGGAUUGUUCCGAGCAAGGUGAUCAAACUGAUAACGUUGUGGCUACUUGCCACAGUGCGGUUAAGUCCCUAGUGGUUUUAGGGAAUAAGCUUUUCAGUGCACACCAUGAUAACAAAAUCCGCGUAUGGAGAAUUCAUAACCAAGUACUACAUCGCAAGUAUAAAUGCUUAGCUACUCUCCCGACGUUGAACGAUCGAUUCGUGAGAUGUUUUUCGGAGAAGAAUUACGUACAGGUCCGGCGUCAUAAGAGAAGCACGUGGAUACAUCAUGUCGAUACUGUAUCUGCUUUGGCGAUAUCAACAGACUGCUCUCUCCUUUAUUCUGCCUCAUGGGACCGGACGUUCAAAAUUUGGCGGACGUCGGAUUUCAAGUGUCUGGAGUCGGUGCAAAACGCUCACGACGAUGCCAUAAACGCCAUAGUUUUGUCGAAAGAUGGAUUUGUUCAUACGGGUUCGGCAGACAAGAGAAUUAAGGUAUGGAAGAAGCAUGCAGGGGGAAAGAACAACAAACAUUCGCUGGUCUUAGCACUUGAGAAACACAAAUCAGCUGUCAAUGCUUUAGCUCUCAGUGACGACGGAACCGUGCUUUAUUCCGGUGCAUGCGACAGAUCGAUUCUGGUUUGGGGAAGAGAAAGCGGCGGAAACGACGACGGCGAGUGGCGGAUGGUGUUGUUGGGUGCACUUAGAGGUCACACCAAGUCGAUAUUGUGCUUGUCCGUUGUGAAGGAUAUGGUAUUCAGUGGAUCCGCUGAUAAAACAGUGAGGAUUUGGAAGAGAGGAACCGAUAAAAGCUAUUGCUGUUUAGCUGUUUUGGAAGGGCACACAAAGCCGGUUAAAUGCUUGACGGCGGCAGUUGAUGAAUGUAAUACUAAUAAUGAAGAAGGUGCUUCUGAAACUAUUAAUUUUAUGGUUUGCAGUGGAAGUUUGGAUUAUGAUAUUAAGGUUUGGAGAGUAUCAGCUCCUGUUUUUUGA